UCCACUGCGGUCGGCACUGGCGGUGUUGGUCAAGCUUCCUCUCGUGGAGAGCAGUGCACGUGCAGGGGACACACGUGUUGUGUGGUGGCAGACACAAGCUCAUGUGGAAGAAUCACCGUGGGCUAAAAAUAAAGCGCAGGAGGAAGGGAGAUGAGCCGGAGAAGACAACUCAAAUAGACAUUUCUGGGGUUAUUUUUACCCCAUUGGUCCCUCCGCUGUAUCCCACCGUGAGUUCCUUCCUGUUUCAUAUUCUUCUGUUUCGGUCUGUCUUUUUGGCAUAUUUUGUUCUUGUUCAGUUGACUGUGACUCAUGGUCAUGAAGUAAAAGCUGCCAUGUUUCUCCCCUCAUUAACGGGGCCACAUCCCGACUGCUGCUGCACAAGUUCAGCUUUUUGGCGACAAAUCACUGCAGAUGGAACAUUUGCAAGGAACAAAAUUUGGAACUUCGGCAUGAACAUCGGCGAGAGACAGACAUCACCGUUACCAUGGCAACCAGGAGUUUAUGUGGUAGACUGGGUCAUUCAUUCCCCUCCACCAUCCAUCAGCUUUUUAAUCGAGUCGUUCACUCAUUGACGCAAUCUGUUUUCUUUUGUGUUCUUCCUAUCUUUUUUAUCUCCCUUGCGCAUUGAUGUUUUCGGGGGACUUGUGAGGACACUGCGGAAGAACAGAAGCUGAUGGAAUCCACUACAUUAGUGCCAAAAUCCAUUUAGUGAUUUGAGUCUGAGCAAAAUCAGAGAAAUCUCAAUACAAAGGUGUUUUAUUGCAGAGAAUUUCCGUUUCAAUUUUCUUAUUAUUUUUCAUUCUCUGGAACAACCUGGACAACAACUUGACAAUAUUUUUUCUUUUGAAUAAAACCAAGAACCGCCGGACAACAACUUGACAAUAUUUUUUCUUUUGAAUAAAACCAAGAACCGCCGUUGGAGGUAUUUGAAUGACAUUUCCUUCAGCAGUCAAUCUGUGAAAGAAAAAAAACACCUGAGUAAUGGCUGGGAGAAAUGCAAACGCUGUAAUGACUGCAAUUAUUUUUAUCAUAGUCACUCAAACACAUUUCAGCACUCUGCAGCACUGCAACAUGGUCCUGUGUGUGUGAGAGGGAGACCGUGUGUGAACAUUAACUUUUAAUUCAUCGCAGUAAAGCUUGAUGCCGACGCCAUCCACUCUCUCUGAGCACGGUUCCGUUUCUCCUCUUUGUUGACCUUAUUCUCACUUCACCUCUUUAGUUACCGUUUCUCUUAUCCGCCCAGAAUUUUCCCUGAAUUUUUAGUCCUCCCCCUGUGUGCACGUUUCUGUUCCCUUUUAGUCGUCUCCCUCCUCAAAAGUCCCUGAUAUCCUCACUUACAUCCCUCCAGAUCAGGUGGAUUAACUGUCCCCUGUCGCUUGUGUAGCAGCUUCAGUCGGAGGACACAUUUUUAAUGAUAUACUGAAACAAUCAAUUGAUACAUAAUCCGACGGAUGUGGGUUGCGAACCGAUUCGCCAUUUCGUAGUUUGGUGCCAACAGGUAAUUAGAUGCACACGGUGAAGGUUAUAGGGAGAGAUUGAGUGGGUGGUUAGAAAAGAAAAGAAAAUGUGUAAUGUUCUAUGAGUGUGAUGAGAUGUUGUUUGAUUCUUGUCAUCUUCUAUCUUUUUCAAAUACACACGCAGGACUAAGACACAUUUAGUCUCAACAAGGUCAGCAGCAGUAGAAUGUUGCUGAAGACAUUGUGUGUGUUUUGUCGCAGGGCAGAAGUGUUCUCCUUUCAUUUAAGACUAGUCACGGUUCUUUGUUUGGUAACAGUGAAAUGUUGUGGUAGUGAUGUCAAUUUGUCUGUCUGGGGAAUGUUUAAUUCAUAUGUGUGCCACAGAUGUGCAGGAGGCAAUCAGUUAUUUUAAGAUGCAUCUUAUGAAUAGGAAAUGGAAUUUACGGUAGUGCAGCAAUCUCCUGAUGGAGUUACCACAAAAAUCAGCGCCUAAAUGUAGAACCUCUCUCUCUACUUUUCGCAUGAAAGCGAUCAGAUACGAUUAUUAUUAAAUUACAUACAGGAGAUUAUAACGCCACAGAGGGUGAAGAGAUUUCAUUCAGCUGGCAGACAAGAUGUCAAAUUGAACAAACUGCCAUUUGGACAUGUCGAAAAGGAAGAGAUUCGGUGAGAAUGCAUGAGGUAGAGGAAGACACUUAUCAUCAGGUUUUAGAGUAGAAGGGAUUUUAAGUGUGAAAGUGAAAACAUUCCUGUAAGAAGUGACUUUAAGCAACUUUAAUAAUGAAAACUAUAACGUGUCAAAUAGUGCACAGAUUUAGGCAAAAAUAGGCUGUGUGAAUGACCCCUCAAGUGAAGCGUUUUUUGGGACAGGCAACACAGCUGUGGCAUUGUGGGUAGAAAGUAUAAUGGUGGAACAGCAUCAUAACAGUUCUAUCAAACACAGGACAUUUUAUUAGGAUUUUGCCACCAACUGAUAUUUUUAGGAAUUGUGACAAAAGCAAGUCUUGUUUAAGAGCAACAAAUGGGUCUGCUGUUGCUGUAGAGCACAUAUGUCAAAUUCGCAGCCCGCGGGCCACAUACAGCCUGGCGGGGCGUCCAGUGUGGCCCGCCGGAGUGUGUACGCCGGGUGAAAGCAGUCACGUCAGUCCGCGAACCGUCGGCCGUACCAUUUGCCGGUCGGAACGUCAGCGCACACUCCCCCCAGUUGUCAUGGAAUGACCAGGAGACUGACGGGAGUUAGUUGAAAUUAGUUUAUUGCACAAGAGGAUCCACACUGCAAAAACUGAUUUUUAAGAAAGUAAAAAAGCCUUGCAUCUAGAUUUUCUUUCUUAUUAUUAGUCUAAAAAGAAUAAGAAUCUUGCCAAGCAUUUUUCACAUCAGAAAAAUUGUCUUAUUUUGAUGAAAUAUAUCUUAAUUUUUCUUAAUAAGAUUUACCAACUAAUAUCAAGUUAAAUUUAACUAGGUGUGGACAUAUUUUGCUAAAUAUUCCAGCAAUACGAUUAUCGUCCUUAUUUUAAGAUUGAGACCACUUCCACAACUUCUCAAUUUAAGAAUCUUAGGAAAUGACAGCAAUUUAUUUCAAACAUGAAAGUAUGCAGUUUGAUUAAGAACAAUUGUAUUCAACAGCCAAAUACAGCCAAAAACAUAAAAUGUCUAACUUUUCAAGUAUAUCUGAGCAACAGCUGUUGUAAUGACAGAAUAACAGUGCCUUUUACAAUGCAUCAGAUGAGGCUUUGUGCAGCUCAAUCACAUCCCUGAGGUAAUAUUUCAUUGGGACAUAGACUAUAUCCUUGUGAGUAAAGCUGUAAUAUGGAGUGAAAUCUACAAGGUUAUCAACAGAUACAAGCUCCGUUGCUUGCGCUAAGUUUGGGAUCUCGAUUUGAUAUGCCAUAUAAUCUCUAUCAUAACAAAUGGUGUUGUACGGCAUGAACUCAAAACAGUACAAUGAUGAAUUGAUCACAUAGAUAUUUCUUAAAAGUCCAAAUUCGGGCAGAUCAGAAUUAACAUCACACACAAAUAAUGACUUUUCCCGUAUGUAUUUGUUGCCAUUUAGAUUAAUCCAUUUUACAGACACAGCAUGGUUAACCUCAUCAUUUCCAAGGAAGGCUCUUGUUUUUUCUUUUAAGUAUGACAUGUUUGUUAUUUCUGAUUUUGGUCCCAAUGUGCAAUCAUUUGAAAAAAUGGGGUGUUCAGAACUACUUACAUUCUGACAACAUUCAUACAUUUGAUUAUGCCUUAUUAAGGAUUUGCAAACAUUUUUAAAGUUUAGUUUUGAAGCCCACUGUUUAAAAAAGCAAUGCUUUGAUUCAAAUCUCAUGCACAUAUGACGAACCAUUGGUCCCAGUUGCUUAAUCUGAGAUGGCACAUGAAUCAAAUAAUGUUGCUUUGGAGUGAUGUUGUUAUCUGGGAAAAGGUUCUUCAUGUGUUUUAGGUGCUGUUCAAUAAGUGAUUUUAAUGUGUUGAUAGUCUGUACACUAAUAACAGGAGCAAACAAAAUAUGAACUAUCUCUAUCAGCUCAAGAAUGACUGUGUGGUACUCACUACCUUUUACUGCAUCAAUUAAAAAUGGCAGAAUUUUAAGAAGAACAAGCAUUUGGCCCGAGGACUGCUUUAAUUUAUUGUCAUUGGAUGCUAAUGUGCUGUAGCUUAUAGGGCUUGGUUUAUCUCUGACAUCAUGUGGAGAAUAGGGAAAUGCAAGUAAUGCACCAUUGAAAAUAUCCAAGUCAAGUUGCCCUAAAAGUACUAAGUGUUUCAUCACACACUUUAUUUCUAAUGGGGCAAUGCCUUCCAGUAUUACGUGCAUGAUGUCUUGUGGUGUUUGUUGGAUCAAGUUAAAAGCCGGGAAUUCUACUAGUUUACUCCUUCUGUUGAUCCCAAAUGUAGUUUUUAAACUGUUUCUAAGACACUCCGUAUUGGCCUUCUCAAUAUCACUACACUGCCGCAUAUGUCUCUCUAUUGUUCUUUCUUCAAAGUAAUCCUCAUCAAAAUACAAUUGCAUGUCCUCAAAUGUACAUUCACAUUGCCUACAUUUCUUGAAAGCAAAACCAACACCUUCUUUAAAACCACAAAGCUCAUGCUGAGCUAAAGUGUCCCCACAAAUCGAAAAUAAUGCUCCAUAUAUUUCACGUUCACCAUUCCCAAUUUGAAUUCUAACACCUUCAUAAAGCCUUACCAGGUCCUCUUGAAGCCGUCCCAAAAUUGCAUCAACUCCACAUUCAGACAGUUGGCUCUUCCUUGCAAUGGCGAGUAGGCGAAUCGAAGCCAGUUUUGAUCGAUAUUUUGGAUUAAUGUUUCCAAGUGUAUAGUAAAACAUUACCAACUUAUUCUUGGAAGCAUGAGACCCAAGCGGAUUGCAAAGUUCAAUGUCAUCAGAGUAAAGGAUUAUUUGUAAGGCAGAGGGCCGGGCAGAAAAUAAGGGGUGUGAUUUCACGAAUUCACCAUCUGUAAUGUCAUACAAAUAGCCACUUCUGUAUUUCUGUGGCUCAUCUAUCAUUGACAGGACUUUUGGAUGGGACAAUAAUUGUUCCAGACUUUUGAUCAGAGGAACAUAGUGAAAACAUUUGGGUCUGGUAGAGAGGACUCUUUUUGCUCCUUUUUUAAGAAAGCAAGCAGUAUACCCAACAAUAACUUCCUCUGACUCUACAAAAUGGAAAUGAUCCUUAAUCACACAGUCCUGCCUGUACGUUGUUGAAACAGAGGCAAACGGAUCUUCCAACUGGUCAAAUACUGCCAGAGCCUCCUUUUCAAGUUCACUUCCCUGAUGUUGAUGGAAUACUCUUUGUAGCCGACUCCUCAGAUUGGUCACCAACAAAGCUUGGUACUGUUGCAUUGCUGCCACAACAUCAUUCACACCAGUCUGAAAAACAGGGCCAAAAGGACAGAUGCAAAUUACAUUACAUCAGAAUAGUCCAAUGUAAAACAUUUUCAUUUUGUACUAGCCUUUAGGGCCAGAUAUUGCACCACCCUUUCAAUGAGCAAUUUUAGAGGAACGUAAACUACAAUAUUUAUUUUUUAAAAAGGGGAAACAAUUCACUCAUCAAUUGAAUGAUGGGGCAAUUAAACAUAAUGCCAAAUACAUGUCUAAUUUAAUAUGCAAAAUCUAAUUUGUGUUGGGCAAAAGAAAAUGCACAUGUUUAAAAAAUAAAACAUUACAGAGAUGUCCGUUGUAUUACAGUAAAAAGAAGCUGCAAAGGGAACAGACUAAAUGCACAGCAAAACUGAAAAAAUUAUCAAUGCAGAUGAACUACCCUUGAGAGAGGCUAUAAUUAAUUUUGAGAGGUAAGCUUUAUAGCAAGAGCACUCCAGGCUUUGACAGUUGAUAGACAAAUGUAAAUAUUAUUUAAUGAUCAGAUUUGAGAUUGCAGAGGAUCACCAAAGACUAAAUUAUGUUAAUGUUGCAUGCGGACAGACCUGCGAAAGAUGGUGUCUUUCUCUUGCACUCAACACAAUAGCAGUAGCUUGUCUGGUCAGAAUGUCCUGGCAGGAGGCAUCCUUAAAAAAGAACAGUCAAAUCAGAUGCGUCUAAUAUGUUCAAGCAUCUUUUGGUCAAAUGUGUGAGGAAAUGAACCUGCUAUAAUCGCAGUAUUGGCAGAUUGUAUGGGAGCAGGGGGCUGCUAGGGCCAACUACAGUUCAAGAUCAAAUAUGAACUACUGACCAUGACCAACAACAAUAUACCCAGAAAAAUCAAAUGACAAGAAGAUACAUGGAGCAUUAGAAAAGAUUGUUAUUGUGUGCUAAAGAAAAAUAUUUACAUGCAUACCUCAGAUUGGUGUGAUUUAGAGGGGCCAUCUGCAGGCUCACUUGGCAAAUCUGGUAUGUUCAAAGCUGUUUGUAUAGUACAGUCACAUGUCUGGGACAUAGUAGGGUGCCGUGGAGAGGUGAGUUUGCUGUUGUCAAAGCCAGAGUACAAUGACACUGAAUUGUCAAAAGCCCCAAAAUGCUCGCCGAUGACAGGAUCAGGACAGGGUUGCUCUCUGUUCUCCACCAUUGCAUCCUCCGUUGGUCGCUCUACGUUAUCCACCACAUUUUCUGCUGGACUCUCUCGGUUUUCCACCAUUGCAUUAGUUGGCCUGUAUUUGUGGACAUGAAAAUAUUAGAAGAGCAGGGGCCCAAACUUAUAAAAGUCUUUGUGCAUCAAAAUACUUUUGCUACAUUAGAAUAAUGAAAGGUAUCGGUUUUAAAAAUAACUGAGGAAAGGGUUGGAUCAAACAUUACAACAACUCACAUCAUAUAUGCCCAUAGCCUACUGCAACUUUGACAUCAUGCAUUUAAGGCAGUAUUUCAAAAACAUUGGUAAAUCAUUAGUUCCGGUGUUCUGUCGAUCUAUGCUGCCUUGUCGAAAAAUGCUACCGUAGCGCAAAUCGAUGGUAGGGUCUAUCGAGUCGCGCUUCCCUAUCAAAAUAAUGAAUUAUUAUGUGUUCCCAUUUCGAAUUGUGCAGGCAGGCUGAAUCCCAUAGAGGCAUAACUCUAACAGUAUUGACAUCAUAUGCUUAUUUGACAAUAUUUUGAUACUUUAUUGAAUAUUUCAGUGGUGGCGUAUUCUGAUAGACAAAUAUACCCUAUCAAAUAAUGCUCCCCCAACACAAUCAUUAUAUAUUGCACCACUACUCACUCCAUGUGCACUGUCAGGAGAUAAGGAGCAUAUUUUGAUAUUCUAUUAAUGUAUAUUUAUUGAAUAUUUCAGUGUUUUUACCGCAUGUCCGACCUGCUAGGUUGCAUAGAUUUAUGGGCGGGGAAUCAGACCACAAUUGUGCAUGCGCAGAACCGAUAGGUAGCAUAGAUCGACAGAACACCGGAAAUAACCUUGCUCUUUUUCAGUGUUAAGUGCAAUAUAUUAUAGCACUUAACGUUAAAACAUCCACGAGUCAAACUUGUAAAGCAUUCCCCGUAUACUGGCACGCCUUUGGGGCGGCAUUGAAUCAUUAUUAAAUUAAAAUUACAUAUUAUUGAGCAAUGCGCGCCUCACCAAUUGAAAACCGCUCACUUAAGUAACGCAUAGUGAUUUACCUAUAUGCCCACACGUUGUUAGUGUUUAAAUCCAUCGCUGAUGUGCGGUCCAGUCUCGAGGUGUCCAUCCUUCUUCCUCCCCUUGAGUUUUCUUCGAAUAUGAUACCAAAGUGAGUUGUAGACACGAUAUUCUUUGCUACAACCAUCGAUUCCACAAACGACACGGAAAUCUGGACUACGACUAUGAGCCGAAUUGAUAUGACUCAAUAAAGAUUUGAGGGUUAGACCCACAAAAACAAAGCAGAUAACGCAACGCCAAAUCAUGAUUUUCUAGUUUAGCUAGCUAAGCUAGCUGGCUUGUUGACGCAGAUAAACAACCCUGUUCCCACUUCCCAAACACGCACAGGUCUGGGUAACGCCAAAGCGUAGCGUCCCCUUGGGGCGACCUGUUUGAUUUAUCACAUAUACUCAUCAAGGGAAAGUGUCUAUAAAUAUGUGUCUCAUAAGAGCAGCAACCAGUCAUUAAUCAAUGAUCUCAUACAUUGGGCUUAAUAUUGAUUAUAUUUUAGUAAAAAUAAUUUUUAUUAGGAAAACGGGGCAAACUUAAGCUGUUUCGGCCGACCGCACCCCUGGCCCUACCCUGAAAAUGGUAUAUUCCAAAUGUGGUCGCGCCAUUGUGUAGAGAAUUGGGCGCGCAGCGUUUAACGGCAGUCUUUGGAUUUCCAAUGCAGCUACAUUUUGUUUGCUGCAGGAGUUUUAGGAAUUGCGGUUGAGCUAAUGGAUCAACUGGACGAGGUUGCACUUGCUACACUAAGAGGUAAGAUAUAUUAAAUCAUCUUUUCCUAAAACUCGUUUUUAUUUUUGAACCUACCUUGCUAUGUUGGCCUGUGUGCUAAAACCCAUGUUAGCUAGCUAGCAUGGCUGAAGAUAUUCUUAUUAGGGAUGGCCCGAUACCAUUUUUUUUCCAAACCGAUACGAGUAUGUGUAUUUACAUUUGUGUACUUGCCGGUACCGAUACUUUCGGUAACAUAGUGCGCGCUGGCUGUCACCCGGCGGGCCGCGAGUUUCACGUAUGUGAAAAGCACUUGCGGGCCACAUAAAAUGACUUGGCGGGCCGGAUUUGGCUGUGAGUUUGACACAUGUGUUUUAAACUAUCAAUCUGAUUAAUUUCGAGAUGCAUUUUUUUACAAUAAGAUGCGUUAUCUGGAGCGAGGGGCGCCCGCUCAUUUAAAUCCGCUCGAACCAACUUUCGGUGGAGCGACGCGGUGCACCGGCGAGGGGGAAGAGCCACCUGGGACACGGCAGGAAACGGCUGCACCCGGCGUGCGGAGGGUCCGGGCCGGCCUGAUUAUUUAAAAUCUUUCACAUCGUCCGGCGCUCGUCCAGGAUGCGCUUAAGCACCUGUUCACACGUAACCCCCCCCCCUAAAAACAUUUUCUCAUCGAAUCUACACGAUUCAUGUAGGUCACCUAUUUUGUUUUCAAAACGGCGAUUGAGCCCAAACCGCCGCAUUUCAACUCAAAAUAGGUAAUGUACGUGAAUCGUGUAGAUACGGUACAGGUGUCUUAACGGUCGUUAUCUACCGGACCGAAUAGCAACUCUGAUAUUAAUAUAGCUUUAAUAAAUAUACCAUAUAUAAAAACAUUUUUGUGUUAGCACUGGGAAAAUGUUGACUGGAGCAAAAUCAAAUCAAAUUUGCCCAUAAUUGAAAAGCUCAGUAUUCAGUAUCUUGGCACUAACUGUAUAUUUUUCUAUAGCUGCCAGGAUUGGUGAAGACUUACUGCCUUCCCUCUCUCGAGAUGAAAUCAACGAUCUGUUUCCUGGUCCUGAAAACUUUCACAGGCGGCGGGCAAUAUGGCUUGCUGUAAAUAAAGAUAAAAAGGUGGAGACUGCUGCGGAACUACCACUGCCAUCAGUGACUGGAGGCAGUAGUCUUUCACAAGAAGAGCCCAAAAUUUCUAAGUUUGUGGUUAUGUCCAGCCCGGAAUUCAUAGUUUACACAGACAGUGAACUUGAACAGGUGCGACGUGCCUACUUUGAGCAGAAACGGAUGGGGACUGAGAACAUUGUGGAGUUAUCUAAGGAGCUCUUCUGCCGGCUCAUAAGAAACACCAUGUGUAAUAUGAUCGCAAUUGCAAGAGCUACAGAAGAUGCCAGAUAUCCCACCAAACCAGAGGUCAAUGCCAUGGCAAAGCGGUUGGUGGAGUAUUAUCCGAUGGUACAACACUGGGAGUAUGUUGCCAAAAAGCUCAUGAAGAGGCUUUCAAAUGUAAAAAGCCCAAAGAAGGCUGUUCCUCCUGCAAAGAAACAACGGCAGGAAAUCGAGGAAAUGACAACGAGUGACUACGACGGGGAUUCGAGUGCUUCUACGGUCAUUCUUCAGCAGUCCCCAGUCAGAGCCAGCACCCCAGUUCAACACCUGAAUAACAGUGGUUCGGGCGACGUCCUAGACAGCCAGAAAACCCAGGCAAGGCACUACACGACACUGCAACAGAUGUGCCGGUCCAACAAGCCAAACAAAGCUUCAGUAACCCAUUUGCUGAACUUGGAGUUUGAGUCAAGAAGACUCUUCAUAACCUCUGACACUCUAAAGGAGCAAGACCGACCCAGCAAGAUUCUGGAGGCCUAUUCUUGUUUCAAAGACUUGGAUCAUGUCUUAGAUGAGUUGCAAAGGAUAAUACAGCCAAACAAUGCCCACUACGUCUCAGAAAUGAGGAAUAGAUGGAACGACUUUUUUUCAAAGGUCCAAUUUUAUGGGGUGAUGAAAAAAGUGAUGAAGCCCCCUAAAACAUUGGAUGGAGUGGAACAUGCCACUGCUGUUUUCAGAGCCCUGCCACUGCUCUUUCCAUCCAGCACUUUGCCACCGAAGAAGCUAGGCGCAUGCAGCGACGCGGUUUUCCAUGUCCUUACGGCUUCAGAGAACCCAGACACGUACUUGAGCAAGCGGCCCGUGGCUUGUCCAGUUAUGCUCGUCUGUGGGGAUAACUGCAUGAUUGCAAUUGGAAACACACCAGUGACCACCUUUGACAGGAAGAAGUUUGAUGAAGGCCUCCUUUACCUUUUGGGGUAUUAUUAUUGUCUGCACCUCACUUAUCCAAAGUUCAUUUCCACCAUGCUCUCAGUAUUGCAAACUGAGGUUCUCCAGGACUCCCUGCAUGACCAAGAUUCAACUGCUUCCUACAAAAAAGCCAUUGCCGAGUGGAGGGCCUUCAUUGAGUGAUUGACUAUCUCCAACAUUUCUUUUCAGUUUGAGAGUCAGACUCGUUAGCCGCGUUUGUUGAUGUCAUUGGACGUCCUUUAAUGAGUAAGUGCAUUACUCUGAGAAAAUUGUUUCUGUUCGAGGAAAAAUAUGUUGCUGUCAGUAUUCCAGCUGAAACGUUUUAUUUUUAUUCUAACUGAAAAUAUGCAGGUAUUCCAGCCUCAGAACAAAGUACUUGGUAUUGGUGUGAUGGUCCUGGACUCAGUGAGGGGAUUGAUGGAUGCAACACAUGUUGUUGAGUGAGAAAGAACUGCAUUAAAGAAGUAAAUGCUAAAACAAGAUGCUUCUGUUGACUUAAUUUGAGACUAUCGAACUUGGUUUCAUUGUGCUGUUUUAAUAUAUUGUCAUAAACUUUUUUUUGGCAAGUUAUUAACCUUACUUCAAGGUAUUAUUUCUUAAAGUCAGCUAAA